GAAGAAGAAGGACGGCUGUGUUUCUGUGGAUAAAGAACCUUUCACACAGAAAGCCUCGUGAGAUCAACAUGAAGAUGUUGCUGUUUCUGCUUCUCCUGGGAAUAGUAGGCCCACACUGCACAUCUGCACGGACUCACUCUCUGAAGUAUUUCGACACUGCGUCCUCUGGAGUCCCAAACUUACCAGAGUUUGUUAGUGUUGGGUUGGUUGAUGAGGUUCAGAUAACUCACUACGACAGCAACACCAAGAGAUACGAACCCAAACAGGACUGGAUGAACAACAUCACAGCAGAGGAUCCUCAGUACUGGGAGAGGAACACUCAGAUCUCUCUGAGUAACCAGCAGGUCUUCAAAAACAACAUUGAAACUGCAAAGCAGCGCUUCAACCAAACUGGAGGUGUCCACAUUGUCCAGAGGAUGAUAGGCUGUGAUUGGGAUGAUGAGACUGGUGAGGUCAAAGGUUAUCUACACCAUGGUUUUGAUGGAGAAGACUUCCUGAUACUGGACCUGGAGACAGAGUCAUGGAUCGCUCCAAGACGAGAGGCUGUCCUCACCAAACAGAGGUUGGAUAAGGACAAAGCUUUGAUGGCAAACCUCAAGAACUACUUCACCCAGGUCUGUCCUGAGUAUCUGAAGAAGUUUAUGAACAAUGGGAGGAGCUUCCUGAUGAGAACAGAGAUCCCCUCAGUGUCUCUGCUCCAGAAGUCCCCCUCCUCUCCAGUCAGCUGCCACGCUACAGGUUUGUACCCGGACAGAGCCAUCAUGUUCUGGACCAGAGACGGAGAGGAGAUUUACGACAACGUGGACCACGGAGAGAUCCUGCCCAACCACGACGGAUCCUUCCAGAUGAGCGUGGACCUGAACGUCUCCUCAAUCCCCGCUGAACACUGGGCCAAGUACCGAUGUGUGUUCCAGCUCUCUGGGGUGGCGGAGGACCACGUCAUCGUACUGGACUCAGCUGUGAUCAGGACCAACAGAGCCAGGUACCCAAAGUUGGCAACCCUGUUGCUGAAACAUGGGUGGCUGCUCUCUUCAUCGCUCUCCUCGUCGCUGGGAUUGGAUUCCUGGUUUACAGGAAGAGGAACGCCAAUAGAAACAACUUCCGCCAGCUCUGAGCUCACUGAGAGACUGAACCAGCCGGCACAGUGAGGGGCUUCACAUCAACUCUCCACCUGUUGCAUCAGGGGGCGCUGCCACCACAUUCUCCCCGUAAACUGUUCAUUAUUCAUCAUCUGAUCAAUAACUGAUCAUCUGAUCAAUAACUGAUCAUAUUAGGGUUUGGAAAUCAAGCAAUAGCUCAUUGAUUGGAAAACAAAGGAAUCAUGUUAUUUGGAUCAUGUGGGUUUCACAUCAAAAGGUGGCUUUCCCUCUGAUUAUGGAUUUCAAUCUAAUUCUAAGAGAAGCUAAACCUCUAUGUGGUUUCUGGUAAAAAAAUCAAUAUUAAGUAAGAGAUUUAAAUAUGAGAGGCCGUCUAGCUCACAACUCAUACUUGGUCUUACAAACCAUAUCAGAAUCUCACAUGUACACCACCAGACUCUUUCACACACAGCAUCAUACCGUCUUUAACGCACUGUCAUUCCUUCCUUCAUUUACUAUCAUACUAUCAUACAUAAAUAACUAUUCUCUCUCACACACAAAAACAAAAUCUCUUAAACGCACCAUCAUACUCUCGUACACACGCCACUAUCGUCUUUCACAAACAACUAUAAUCUAAUAGAACAUUAUAAUAGUGUAUGUGAAAGAGGAUAGUAGUAUGUGUGUAAUCGGUAAACAAUGUAUGUAAGACAGAAUAAUAACCUAUAUAAGAGGGAAUAGUAUUUCAUGUUAAUAACAAUAGUCAUAUUGUGGAGUCUAUUUGUAUAUAACAUUACAAGAGGGAUUCUUAUUAUUACAUGAUAUGCUUAUUGUGCUCAUGAGAUUGCUAUGACUAUCAAAUAAAUAGAAACGAUCACUAAUCUCAGGUUCUGAUGGGUUAGAUACCAACGAAGAGAAUAGUCAGAAGAAAGUUUUCAGCUUGCAAUACUAAUGUAGCAAGGUCAGGUGCAGACACUGGAAGAAUACAAAGAGUUAUUCAUAAACAGGACAUCACUCCGGCCUUGAGCUUUGGGUGAGCUCCGUUCCCACACAUAGCAGCCUUAUGAAGAUUCCACUUUUUCUAUAGAAAUGUUAGCGAAAACAAAUUACGUAUGAUGGUGCCAGAGUAGGGAGGGACUUCCACAGGCCGGCCGAAUGCUGAUUGGAGGAUCGUGUUGCCAAGAGACUUUUUUCAAAGUCUGUGUAUCUACCAAAGAGAACCAAGUCUAAACCACGGUACCUCUUCAGCUAGUCUUGACCAAUCAUAAAUGUACGGGCAACGCCCUGUUUAAUAAAAAUGUAUGCACGCACGAGGUUUGGGGCUCUUUUCCGGAAAUAGUGGUUACAGAUUACAGCUUUGCUGCCUGUCAUUUCUAUGACGUGACGGAGCCCUUGGCUAAGUGAAUAUAUAUAUUUUGCUUUCUCAUAAUAAAUAGUUAAACUUA